AUGGAGAAAAUCUGCUUCCUCGUUGCUGCUGUUGCAGUGUUAUCAGUGAACUGCUUUGCUCUUUACUCAAAUACAGAUGAAGAAGCACUUCUCGCCUUCAAAACCCGAAUCACUUCAGACCCUUAUGGCAUCUUGGCCGAUAACUGGUCGAAUACUGCAUCAAUUUGCAACUGGAUUGGUGUUUCUUGCAGCAGAAGUCAAAGAGUCACAGCCUUAAAUUUUUCGGGGUUUGGCUUCACAGGCACCAUUUCUCCACAUCUUGGAAAUUUAACGUUUCUCGGUUCUUUAGACAUCAGCACCAACAAUUUUCACGGUAUAAUCCCCCCCGAGCUUUCCAAUUUGCAUCGUUUGGAGGAGAUAAACGUGGGGUUUAACAGCUUCAUUGGAGAGGUACCUUCAUGGCUUGGAACCUUACCCGAACUUCAGCAGAUUCUUCUGCAUAAUAAUAAUUUCACAGGCAGCAUCUCACCAUCUUUAUGCAACAAUUCAAAGGUACGAAUAUUGCAAAUGAGAGAAAAUUCCAUAAAUGGAAAUAUUCCACAAGCGAUUGGGAAUCUUUCUGCCCUCGAAUUAUUAAAUUUAAGGUCUAACCAGCUUAUGGGGUCCAUACCUUUUGGUAUCUUCAACAUGUCUUCUCUGAAAGUACUUGAUCUCUCGAUGAAUAGCCUGUCAGGAAUGCUUCCGGAGAAUACAUGCGAUAGUAUCCAAAAAUUUACCGGACUCUAUCUCUCAAAGAAUCUACUCUAUGGGCAAAUUCCAUCAAAUAUAUACAAGUGCAGGUACCUCGAAGUCCUAUCAUUAUCCUAUAAUCAUUUCAAUGGAAGCAUACCAAGUGCAAUUGGCAGCUUGACCAUGCUCAGGAGUUUGUUUCUGGGGAUAAACAACUUUGAAGGAGGAAUUCCACUGGAAAUAGGUAAUCUUUCACGUCUGGAAAUAUUGAAUGUACAAGGUGGCUCUCUAACAGGGCCAUUUCCAUCUUUUGUCUUCAACAUAUCUUCUCUGAAAGUGAUUGACUUUGGUAACAAUAGCCUGUCUGGAAGCCUCUCAGUUGGCUUUUAUCAUAAGCUUCCUGAACUCGAGCAGCUGCAUCUUAAUUCCAAUCAGCUAACUGGCCUAACUCUUUCGAACGUUUUGGAUUUUAAAAGGCUUUCACUCAUAGCAUUGUCUAAAAACAAACUUACGGGUGGUGUACCUGCAAAAGUUGGAAACCUCACUGGGCUGAAGUAUCUAUAUCUUGCUUCUAACAGAUUGACAGGAGAAUUACCAGACGAGCUUGGCAAGCUUAACCUUCAGGAAUUUACUGUCAGCAUCAACAGCUUAUUUGGCACCAUCCCGAUUUCCAUGUUCAAUAUAUCAACAUUGAAGUUCAUGGGACUUACAUCCAAUCGGUUUUCAGGCCAUAUUGCUUCAACCAUUGGGCUUUCACUUCCGAAUCUCGAAGAGCUUUAUUUGGGUGGAAACAGGUUCACUGGAGUAUUUCCAAGCUCUAUCACCAAUGCUUCUAAGCUUACCAUCUUAGAUAUGACCAGCAACUCUUUGACUGGCAUAAUUCCCGACUUUGGUAAUCUAAGACUUCUACGGCGCCUUCAUAUUGCGGAAAAUAAUUUGACUCGAGAAUCUUCAAGUCUGGAGUUGAGAUUUUUCUCUUCAUUAACACAUUGCCGAUACUUGGAAACUAUAGAAGUAUCUUUGAAUCAGCUAAACGGCGUUCUCCCAGCAUCAAUUGGGAAUUUCUCAACUUCUUUUCAAGCAUUCAGAGCAUUUGGAUCUCAGAUUAAGGGUGCUAUUCCUGCUGAGAUUGGAAACUUAAGCAGCUUGGAAGCAUUAUAUUUAGAUAACAACCAGUUGACGGGAUUCAUCCCAAGAUCAGUAGGAAAAUUAAGAAGUCUUCAACGUAUAUAUCUUGAACACAAUAGACUUGAUGGAUACAUCCCCGCUGAGCUUUGCAAUUUAAGCAAGUUGGGUGACUUGUACCUAAGUAACAAUACGCUCUAUGGGACAAUCCCCUCAUGCUUGGGCGAACUUAAAUCUUUCAGACGUCUCUACUUAGACUCCAACAGAUUGGAGUCUACUGUGCCUUUAAACUUGUGGAGCCUUAACGAUCUCCUGGGACUAAACUUGUCAUCGAACAGUUUAAGAGGCUCCCUACCUUCGGAAAUAAAAAAUUUGAAGGUCAUCUACGAACUAGACUUGUCGCAAAAUCAGUUCUCAGGUGAUAUCCCAAGCUCUAUUGACAGCAUGCAAUCAUUGGUUUCACUAUCUUUUGCGCAUAAUAAAUUUCAAGGAGCUAUCCCUGAGUCUCUAGGAAAUAUAAAAGCCUUGGAAUCCUUGGAUCUGUCCGAUAAUAAAUUUUCUGGAUUGAUUCCAAAGUCAUUAGAGACACUCCACUAUUUAAAACAUUUUGAUGUGUCUCACAACAGAUUAGAGGGAGAGAUUCCUGUCGGGGGAUGUUUUGAGAAUUUUUCUGCUCAAUCAUUUGUGCAGAACUAUGCUCUCUGCAGUGAAACUCGACAACAAUUUCCACGUUGUGGAAAAACACCUGAAAGAUCAAAGUCAAAGAUUGUGGCCGAAUUAAUGAAAUAUAUUCUUCCCCCAAUCAUAGCAGUUAUUCUUGCAAUGGGCAUAACCCUUUUGAUGAUAAGACGAAAAUCACACAGACAAGUACCGGAGAGCGAAAAUUCAGGCAUUUCAUGGAGAAGGAUUUCUUAUCAAGAACUUCGAGAAGCAACAAAUGCCUUCAGUGAAACCAACAUACUUGGAAGUGGAAGUUUUGGUUCAGUUUAUGAAGGAACACUUUCUGAUGGAUUGAAUGUUGCAGUGAAAGUAUUCAAUAUGCAUUCAGAACGAGUAACCAAGAGUUUUGAUAUAGAGAGUGAGGUAUUGAGCACCAUUCGCCAUAGGAAUUUAAUCAAAAUCAUUGGAUGUUGCAGUAACACAGAGUUCAAUGCCCUGAUACUGGAUUACAUGCCUAAUGGGAGCCUGGAGAAAUGGUUAUAUUCCCACAACUAUUUCUUGGACAUGCUAAAAAGAUUAAAUAUAGCAAUUGAUGUUGCACUGGCUUUAGAAUAUCUGCAUCAUGGUCUGGAAUUCACUGUCCUUCAAUGUGAUUUAAAGCCUAGCAAUGUCCUGCUUGACGAGGAUAUGGUUGGUCACGUUGCUGAUUUUGGUAUAGCCAAACUCUUCGGUCAAGGGGAGUCAAUGGCUCAAACGAAGACCUUGGCAACAAUUGGAUAUAUGGCACCAGAAUAUGGAACUGAAGGAAUAGUAUCCACUAGUGGCGAUGUCUACAGCUUUGGUAUAAUGCUGCUGGAGAUGUACACGAGGAAGAAGCCGACAGAUGAAAUGUUUGGUGAACAAAUGAGCUUGAAAAGCUGGGUUAGCCAGUCUUUAAAUGAAAAUAAAAUAACUGAAGUUGUGGAUGCCAAUUUGCUCAGAAGUGAAGACAAUAAUUUCACUGCAAAGAUGCAAUGUGUCUUAUCCAUUCUGGCAUUGGCAAUGGAAUGUUUGGUUGACUCUCCUAUGGAAAGAAUCGGUAUGAGGAAAGUUGUGGCUAGACUUGAAAAGAUUAAAAAACGAUGUUUCUAA